AGCUUCUUCCGUGUAGCUGCUGUGAAAUCUCUCUUCUGGUCCACCGAGCGCAAGCUGUCAUUUCUGUCCACGAUGCGUGGGAUUCCCGACGAGUUAACGACGCUGAUUUCAGAUUUGGAACAGUUCCUCUGUGAUGGAUUAAAAGCUGAAAAUUUAAGCAAGAAGGCAAAAGAGCGGAAGGAAGCCUUUAUCAAACGAAUCAAAGAAGUCAAACUAAGCUUUCCCCAAGAUUUCAAGGAUAAAGUAGGUGGAGAUGAUUCAGAAGAAGAUGAGGAAGUUGACAGCAACAACGACGCUGCCUCUAUGCACUCGGAGCGCACGGACAAGGAUGAGGAAGGAUGUGAAGGUGCCCAGCAAGCUGUGGCAGCUCAGGACCUGACAUCUGUCUUUAAAGCAGGGUAUCUUGAAAAACGCAGGAAGGAUCACAGUUUUUUUGGCACCGAAUGGCAGAAGAGGUGGUGCGCUCUGAGCCAUAACACCUUCUACUAUUAUGGCAGUGAGAAAGACAAGCAGCAAAAAGGGGAGUUCAACAUCGAUGGCUACAAUGUCAAAAUGAACUACACCUUACGGAAAGACUCGAAGAAGGACUGCUGCUUUGAAAUGUCGGCCCCAGACAAGCGGGUCUAUCAGUUUUGUGCGUCAUCAACGAAGGAGGCUGAGGAAUGGGUGAAGCAAAUCGACUUUGUGUUGAAAGACAUGACGGGUAUUAUCCCAGAGGAAGAAGAGACAGAGUUUUAUGAUGAUGUUGGAACUGUUGCUCCUAUCGAACCUGGUGAAGACAUCUAUGAAGAGCUGCCAGAAGAGGAGAUGCCUGCUCCAGUCAAACCUCGCCCACAAGUCACAGCCUCUGCUAAACCUUCUCUUCCUCCUACUCCAGCUGCUUCUCCUGCUCCUCCUACGGUUGACAAGAGCACAGACUAUGCAAAUUACUACCAAGGCUUAUGGGAUUGCACAGGGGACCAUCCAGAUGAGCUGUCCUUCAAACGUGGAGAGGCGAUCUACAUCUUGAGCAAGGAGUACAGCAACUUUGGCUGGUGGAUCGGAGAGAAGAACGGAGCCAUCGGCAUCGUUCCUAGGGACUACCUGAUGGAGCUGUAUGCCAUGUAAACCUGCAUUAGGUUAACUUGCUGACACGUCAUGCAACCUCUGCUUGAGCCACUUGUCUGCUGUUGCAAUUUUUUUUGGAUAAAAAGACUGAAAUAAAUGCCCUGUUUCAUUAUCAGUUAGUCUGACAGUUACAAAAAUUGUGAUUUGACUAAAAAAGUAUUUUCUUGCAAUUUUUCUAUACUUUUCUAUUUAUUUUCCUUUGAUCCUAUUUUGAAGUUAUUUGUUAUACCAUUGUAGUGUUGCUUUUUGCAAAUA